AUGGAGCCAAGCACUCGGCAGCCAGAUGUCGUAAUGGACACCCUUUACAACGAGGGCUUUCUAGCUCUAGAAGAUCCAAGCGUUGGAGAGGCUGUCUCAGAACUGGAGCGCAACGGCUUCCCUUUCUGGUCAGAAGAGGGCUUGGAUUUUGUGGCGAGACACAUUAUCAAUGAGCCAUAUAUUCGUAACACUUUACGAUCCUGGUUUAAAGAAAGAUGUGUUCUGGUGCACUGUUUGAGAUACCAGGCGUAUCCGGGUGUCGAUAUCUGCUUCAGAAGAGGCGGCCCACGAGCUGGCCGGCGUCGUUUUAUGAUACACUUGCUGCCAAAGCAAGCCAGGGCAGGUUACUAUAAUGGCUCGCAUUUACAUGAGCUACCGACUGAGGAAACAGAGUACCUUUUUUACAAAGUUUCGCACGAGGCAAUUGAAGAGCAAGGCUUGCAGGCUCAGGUAGUUAACUUUGAGCACGGCGGCAGGGUUAUGAUCGAUGCGCGACUAAGCCUUGAGCUUAAAGAGUGUUAUAUAAUUAGUUUUGUCUUCGCAACUGAGGAUGUAGUUGCUAAGUGGCCCCCAAUGUAUCUUCCUAAUCUUCCAAUAUUAAAGGAAAAGGUGGACAAGAUGGAAACACCGGACAUUGGCGUGAAUUUUGCAUUCAGGCAUAACAAAAAGGAUUAA